AUAAACGUUUAUUCUUUUUAGUGACAGAUAUAUGAAAUUCACCAAAAAGAUUAAAAAUUAUGCAGUUCUUUUUUAAAACUACACUUUUGUGAAACAAUUUCAAAAUAAUGGCUAAUCCUACAAAAAAAACGUAAGAAAACCAAAUAUCCAAGGUCAAGAGGAAUUUCCGGAAAUGUUAGUUUAGAUUUACCUUGAAAAAGUAAAACCUAGAAUUUUUAAACCACACUUAGAACAUUCCCGUAAACCACGGGAACGUUCCGAGUAGCAAAUAAAAACUUGAGGUAAAUCGGUCGAUGGGUUUAUGAGUUAUGAUCCGGAAAUUCCUCCUGAACUUGGUAUCUUGGUUUGCUGGAGAGAAGACUGAGUUCUGACGUGGAUUAUCCAUUUCUUAGAAAUAGUUUCGCAAAAGUUUAGUUUUGAAGAAGUGCUGCAAGUGAUGCACAAUAUUCUAUUUUUUGGUGGAUUUUUAUCUAUCUCUUAAGGAAAUAAAAACUAACACUUAACAUUUUUUUUCGAGCAAACAUCAAGUAUAAUAUCUUACCUUAAGUACUUUUCGAAGUAACCUAAUCAAAUUCGAAAAACUAAGGACCAAGCUUUAUCUUUUUUUAUGCUUACCUUAAAAUUUGAAUUUCAAUUAGAUAUAUGUAGAUAUAAAAAAAUCAAAAUAGACCAAGAAGAACCUGUUAUAGAUAUGAUGGAAUCCCAGAACUUUGAUGUAAUGUUUAAAAUUAUCAUAUUUUUGUCAAUAAUACGUCUAUAUUCUAUACAUAUACGUAUAAUGCAUAAAUAUAUUCUUUAGUUAGUUUCUUUAACUUAACUAUAAUAGUACCUCGAGACGCUAAAAGCUACUUAAACAAUGUACAUAUAUAACUAUAUCUGUAGAGUGUCCCAAAACUUUGAAUAUGGUUUGAUCUUCUAUUUUAACAAAAAUGAAAAAUUAACAUUAUUUGGUCACCCUUUUUAGUUGAAUAUUGUUUUUGAACAAAUAUUUGUACACCCCCUCUAGUUGAAUACUGUUCUAGAACUAAUAUAUGUACACCCCUCUAGUUGAAUACUGUUCUAGAACUAAUAUUUGUACACCCCUCUUGUUGAAUACUGUUCUAGAACUAAUAUAUGUACACCCCUCUAGUUGAAUACUGUUCUAGAACUAAUAUUUGUACACCCCUCUAGUUGAAUACUGUUCUAGAAUUAAUAUAUGUACACCCCUCUAGUUGAAUACUGUUCUAGAACUAAUAUAUGUACACCCCUAUAGUUGAAUACUGUUCUAGAAGUAAUAUAUGUACACCCCCUCUAGUUGAAUACUGUUCUAGAACUAAUGCACUAUCUGUCUGAUGAACAUUAACCCUCUCAAUCUAUUCUUCCUUCUCAAAGUAAGAUUGGAGAAACUAAUAACAGACUACGGCAUGAUGACCUUCUACGAUGGACUGGAGGGAAAAGAUUGUUUAACCUGGUGCUACUUUUUUGUUCCUUAUUUUGGAGAACCAAAUUACUUUUAUGGAGUCUGCCUGAUAUGCCUUGUUCUUCUCCUAGUCUGGUGUCAUGCAGUAAUUGCAUUCUGUUUUGCAAUAUUUCAUCUGGUAUUCUGGUCUCUCACGUGUUUCCAGUGCCCUCUACCAUGCAAACAUUAUUCAGCUAUGUGUGAUGAAUCGUUCCUGUGUCAAGACUGGUUAAUGUUCUGGGCCUGGCCUUCGUUUUUUACAGGACUCUUGGGUGUUUCAGGCUGGUGCAGUUUUAAAUAUCAGAGUCAGUGUACAGGACUAUUAUCUGGGGAAAUCAGAACCAGAUUUCUCAUCAGCAAAAAGUGCUGUGGGCACGAAGCACCUUCCUCGGAAUCUGGAAUUUGUAGAUCAGUCUCCCUACAGCUGAGAUCGAGUAGAUUGUUGAAUAUUUUAGAUAGAGUAGAUUGA